AGCCGGCUGAUGGCAUUGAAACGAAUGGGAAUCGUAAGCGACUAUGAGAAAAUCCGUACCUUUGCUGUAGCAAUAAUAGGUGUUGGAGGAGUUGGUAGUGUGACUGCCGAAAUGCUGACAAGAUGUGGUAUUGUUGCUACUCUUUGACUACGACAAGGUGGAACUGGCCAAUAUGAACAGACUUUUCUUCCAGCCCCAUCAAGCGGGACUGAGUAAAGUCCAAGCAGCAGAGCAUACUUUGAGGAACAUUAAUCCUGAUGUUCUUUUUGAAGUACACAACUAUAAUAUAACCACGGUGGAAAACUUUCAACAUUUCAUGGAUAGAAUAAGUACUGGUGGGUUGGAAGAAGGAAAGCCUGUUGAUCUAGUUCUUAGCUGUGUGGACAAUUUUGAAGCUCGCAUGGCAAUAAAUACAGCUUGUAAUGAACUUGGACAAACAUGGAUGGAAUCUGGGGUCAGUGAAAAUGCAGUGUCUGGGCAUAUCCAGCUCAUAAUUCCUGGGGAGUCUGCUUGUUUUGCGUGUGCGCCACCACUUGUGGUUGCUGCAAAGAUUGAUGAGAAGACUCUGAAGCGAGAAGGUGUUUGUGCAGCCAGUCUCCCAACCACAAUGGGAGUCGUUGCGGGGAUGCUAGUUCAAAAUGUGUUAAAGUUUCUGUUACAUUUUGGGACUGUUAGCUUUUACCUUGGGUACAAUGCAAUGCAGGACUUUUUCCCUACCAUGUCCAUGAAGCCAAAUCCCCAGUGUGAAGACAGGAACUGCCGGAAGCAGCAAGAAGAGUACCAGAAAAAGGUGGUGGCAUUGCCUAAGCAGGAGGCUGCUCAAGAAGAGGACGCGAUAAUACAUGAGGAUAACGAGUGGGGUAUUGAGUUGAUAUCUGAGGUUUCAGAAGAAGAACUAAAUUCUUCAGGUCAAGUUCCUGAGUUACCUGAAGGAAUUACAGUGGCAUAUACAAUUCCAAAUAAGCAGAAAGAUUCUGUACCUCAAGUAACAGUGGAAGAUUCUGGUGAAAGCUUGGAAGACCUCAUGGCCAAGAUGAAGAAUAUGUAGAUAAAGGACUGGCAUAUAUAUAUUUUUUCUGUAUUUGAUCCUACUGUUGAAAUUUUAAAAAGUUCAAAAAUCAGUAAAACUUAGGCCAACAUUA